AUGCACGAAACCAAUGGGUGUACAUGGUUUGUUCAUGGCCGAAAAUUAGAGGCGAACAGGUUUUUCUACCUGCGCAAUUGUAACACAGAACAUAUUUGUGGUGUCACCGUUUGUACUUUGAAAAACCUGCUUGUUGGGUCGGAAUUAGUUGUGGACAUUAUUGUCGAACGGGUGCGUGACAGGCCACUCACACGCCCCACUGAAGUUAUCCUUGAUUUACAACAAGAUUACGGUUUGGACAUUACUUAUCGUGUCACGUGGUUAGGAGUCGAAAAAGUUAAGGGUGAUCUCUUUGGUGCCCAUUCAAGUCCGUUAGAUCAGUUACGGUGGUACAGUGACGCUGUCAUGGAACACAACCCCGGAAGCUACAUUAACAUGGAGUAUGAUGACCACACACACAGGUUCAUCCGAUACUUCAUAUCAUUCAAAGCUUGCAUCGACGGGUUCAAACAUUAUCGUCCCUUGCUGUUUUUGGAUGCCACAUUCCUCAAGGGUCGGUUCAAAGGAUUCUUGCUCGCCACCACUGUGAAAGACGGUAACCAAGGUUUAUUUCCACUUGCAUACGCAAUGGUUGACUUCGAAAAUACCAUGAACUGGGCAUGGUUCCUCCAACAUCUUGCCCAGGUCGUCAAUGUGGCCAGACCACUCACGUUCAUUUUAGACUGCAAUGUGGGUUUACUUGAAGCGAUGCCAACCGUAUUCCCUAAUGCAGAACAUGCUUUUUGCCUCCAACAUUUGCAAUGGAACUUGAGGGACAGGUUACAGUAUUCCAAUAGCAUGCAUUGUGCUAGUCUGAUCAGCAAACUACGCCAUUGCGCAUACGCACCAACUGUCGACGCAUUUAUUCAGAAGGUUGAACAAUUCCACAAAUCAGGACAUGUGGUUGCAACCCAAUUUCUUGAAACUGUGCACCCACAACAUUAG